CUGGAGCCAAGCCCCUCACAAGCGUUGGGAUACAGGGAAUCAGUGCAACCGUGAGCCCUCAAAAUAUUGGUGGGGAAAUAAAGGGAGAAAAGCGGUGGAUUUUCAGGCACUGAGUCCCAACCCUGCACGAAGAGAGGAGUCUGCUGCGUUGUGCUGUGGAUCUCCUUCCCAGAUGCUCAGAGGAGCUGUGCUGCCUUCUAGAGACUGAAGAGGGCGCUGAUGAUCUGCAAAAAGCACAAGAGCAUGCAUCCCUGAUACAGCAAACUUCACUCUCCCCUUCAGAGCAAGCCAGAAGCUGAUGUAAAUGAACCUUAUUUUGCAGUCCAGGACCUCAAGUGACAACUGCUCCACAGCACGGACAAGCUUUGAUGGACACUUCAGACCCUGAAGAUGGGCAGUGGCAGGUAUCUCAAACGACAUUGCUGAGCAGGAAGAGCAGCAGCCAUCUCCACCUAAUCAGGUUUCCAAGCCAGAAGGUAAUUAAAAGCAUCAGUGAUUUCCCUCUUGGGUCACUCUUAAAUUUGAGGCCCUCUGGAAUAUUCAUGUUACUUAAAUAUGGAAUCUUCCCAAAGAGACAGAAAUGAUUUCAACCCGCAGUUCCAAUAUUUCUCAUCACAUAAUCCUGGAAAGCAGGAUAAAUAGCCUCAGUUUUGUGUAGCCUCACUUCUGCACCCCAAGAAAAAUGCAAAAGGAGCUAAAUUUGACUUGGAAAUGGUGGCUAUUGACUGUGCUAUCAUGGUAAAACCCUAGGCAGCAAGGCAGUUUUUCUAACAUGCUUCUGGAUCCUUCUCAUUGUCCCUGGUGCUGCACUUCUAAGACGUUCUUAAAAACUCUUUUCCCCGGCAAAGCCAGGCAAAUGUUGCCUGUGGGACCUUCCAAGAACUGAUCUCAUCACUCUUUCUACCUGAACAGGGGGUGAAGUACAACGGCCUUGCAUGAACAUUACCAGACACUCACCAUGGCAUUCCUCCCUGGAAACUCCUCCGACUGCUCCAACUGCACCCACUCUGUGGGGCCCGUGAACAUUUCAAAGGCCAUUCUACUAGGCGUUAUACUAGGAGGGCUGAUUGUUUUUGGGGUUUUGGGUAAUAUUCUGGUUAUCCUCUCUGUAGCCUGCCACAGGCAUCUUCAGAGUGUUACCCACUACUAUAUAAUUAACCUGGCCGUAGCUGACCUCCUCUUGACUUCCACUGUCCUGCCCUUCUCAGCUACUAUGGAGAUUUUGGGCUACUGGGUCUUUGGGAGAAUCUUCUGCAACAUCUGGGCAGCUGUUGACGUCCUUUGCUGCACUGCUUCCAUUAUGAGCCUCUGUAUCAUCUCGAUAGACCGAUACAUCGGGGUGAGCUACCCGCUGAGAUACCCAAGUAUAGUGACAGAGAAGAGGGGCCUCCUGGCGCUGCUGUGCGUUUGGGCACUGUCUCUGGUGAUAUCCAUCGGACCUCUUUUUGGCUGGAAGGAACCAGCCCCAGAAGACGAGACCAUCUGCCAAAUCACCGAGGAGCCUGGCUACGUGUUGUUCUCUGCUCUCGGCUCCUUCUACCUCCCCCUGACUAUUAUCUUGGUGAUGUAUUGCCGAGUGUACGUCGUGGCCAAAAGGGAAAACAAAGGUCUGACUUCUGGUCUGAAGACAGAGAGAUCCCGUUCUGAAGCAGUGACCCUACGGAUCCAUCGCAAAAAUGCUCCCGAGGCCAGCAGAUCGGCAUCCAACCCCAAGAGCAAGCAUCAUUUCUCCGUGCGGCUCCUCAAGUUCUCCAGGGAAAAGAAAGCUGCCAAGACCCUGGGAAUAGUUGUGGGAUGCUUCGUUCUCUGCUGGCUUCCGUUUUUUGUAGUGAUGCCUCUCGGUUCUUUCUUUCCUGCAAUCAAACCCCCGGACACACUUUUUAAAAUAACAUUUUGGCUUGGAUAUUUAAACAGCUGCAUCAAUCCCAUCAUCUAUCCAUGCUCAAGUCAAGAGUUUAAGAAAGCGUUCCAGAACGUCCUGAGAGCACAGUGCCUCCCAAGGAAGCAAGGAACAAAGAAGCAAUCCCCAAGUUUCAACCUCAACCAUCCCCCUAGCCAAAGCAUGGAGAGUGGCAAAGGUGUGGUCCGUAUCCCUGUCGGCUCAGGGGAAACCUUCUAUAAAAUUUCCAAAUCAGACGGGGUCUGCGAAUGGAAGAUCUUCUCCGCUGUGCAAAGCGUGCCUGCAAAAACCGCGGUUGCUAAAGACUGUACUGUGGCCAAAGCAAAAAGUAAAGGUUUCCUCCAGGAAUGCUGCUGUGCAGGCACCUCAGGGAACCUCGUCCAUGAAAACUGUAAAGUGCCAACCAUCAAGAUACACACCAUCUCCCUCAACGAAAGCGGGGAGGACGUCUAAAGGUCUGGCCGUGCCCAGCAGCGUCGGCUGGCAAACUCGUGGCUCCGCUAAUGGGCUGUUGCUCUUUUUUGUGGGGAAGUAGAAGCAGGUGAUACAACAGUUGAACGGAUCCAGGUGAAACAAACAGCAUUGCGUAAAGCAGGGCCAGACCUUUGGAGGAGCGGUGUCUCCCAGUGCCGGUAGCCUGAACAAAGCCCCUUAAAGACAGCGAAUGGCUCCAGCGGGUGGUGAGCCCGACAGUAUUCCCAGAGACCGGCCGCUGCAAGUCAUUUGCCUGACAAUUAAAGGGUUUUUUUUCCACUGUAUUCCCCCGUUUCAAAGUUCCUACUGCUCUGAUUUAGGUGCAACGGGGGAGAAAGAGCAAACUACAAAGACCCCAUGCUGAUUCC